AUAAAUUCUAUUAGGAGUUCUCUGUACUAGUACUAGACUAGACAAUGCUUUGAUUAAUCGAUUUCCACUCUACCAUUCUGCCAAAGAUUUUCUUUAUAAAUAUUUGUUUUCAAAUUUGCUGCUGUGAUCUUUGAAAACACAUAGCUGUGAACGUAAGCGGCCGAAGCCAGGAAAGCUGUAAACAACCGUUGUUUUGUUAUUGUUAGACAAGGAGUGUACGAGGAGAUUCUGUUUGCGGUGAAAGAUGACGGACCAAAGCUUAAUGGACAAGUCUCUUCGUUCUGUUUUCGUGGGAAAUAUACCUUAUGAAGUAACUGAGGAGAAAUUGAAGGAUAUAUUCAGUGAAGUUGGCCCAGUGCUUUCAUUCAAGUUAGUUUAUGAUCGUGAGACCGGUAAACCAAAAGGUUAUGGAUUUUGUGAAUAUAAAGAUCAAGAGACUGCUCUUUCUGCAAUGCGAAAUUUAAAUGGCUAUGAAAUAGGUGGACGUACUCUGCGUGUUGACAAUGCCUGCACAGAGAAGUCACGUAUGGAGAUGCAGAGUCUGUUACAGGGCCCUGUUGUGGAGAAUCCAUAUGGAGAAGCAGUACAGUCAGAUAAGGCCCCUGAGGCAAUAAGCAAAGCUGUUGCAUCUUUACCACCAGAGCAAAUGUUUGAACUGAUGAAACAGAUGAAACUUUGUGUUCAGAAUAAUCCAACAGAGGCUCGCGCAAUGCUGUUACAGAAUCCACAACUAGCUUACGCUCUUCUCCAAGCCCAAGUGGUGAUGCGCAUUCUGGAUCCUCACACAGCAGUUAGUAUGCUGCACAAGGCGAAUCCUAUACUUCAACCACUCAUGCCAUUGGAUAAGCCAACAAUUACGGGACCCGUACCAGUCCCUGUUCCUGUUCCCGCACCUGCAGCAACAAUUACUGCUGUACAGCCCACACUUGCAAUGCCAGUUGCACCUGUACCUGCGCCACAACAACUAGUUGCCCCAGAUGUCACUGUAACAGUAGCCCAACAGGGGUGGACUCCGGCACCUACCCCAGUUGCUGUGCCACGUACCACAGCACUUGCUGCUCCAGUUGUAGCUCAGCCAGCUGGAGUUCAGUUCAUUCCUCCCACAGCAUCCGGUGACAUCGAUCAUCGCACUCCGGUAGUCGAUCCAAGACUGACUCGCAUGGGAGAUCAAGACCUGCGAUUGCCACCUACAGGCUUAGUUGCUGGCCCACAACCUGUUCCACCUGUGCCUAUUGCAAGAGACCACAGGGAAGCUGGGUUUGUCAAUAACUCUGCUGAACACACUCAAAAUGUGGAUGCAGUCGAGAGCUUCACCCGUGACCCAAGAGUUACUGUUGCUGACAGAUUUCCACGAGAUCCAAGGGAACGUGUGGAUCCUCGGACAGGUACAGCUCCGUUACCCGUUGCUGCUCCAAGGCCACCCGCACCGGUAGCUCCAGUGACAGCCCCAAGACCCGCUCCUGCUGCAUCGACAGCAUCUCCCAGCAGUGCACCAGGAGCAGCUUCAGAUCAGGAAAAGGCUGCUCUCAUCAUGCAAGUGUUGCAGCUUUCAGAUGAACAGAUAGCUAUGCUGCCCCCAGAACAGAGGCAGAGCAUCCUUGUUCUUAAGGAGCAGAUUGCUAAAAGCACCCAGCGUUGAUUUUUCUAUAUUUUUAUUAUUGUUUUAUCCACACAUUUAGGAAAACAACAUUCCUACUGUAAAUAAAAUAAAUAAAAAUCUAUGUAAUGAA